CGACUGGGGAGAGAUUCACGGAGCUGCCGUAAGUUUUACCAACAGACUGCAGUUUCUUCACUGCCAAAAUGACACCAUUUUCCACCUCUGCCCAGUGUUCAACAUCUGACAGUGCUUGUAGGAUCUCUUCUGGACAAACCAAUCAGGUACGACCAAAACGACCAAUUUUGAAGAUUUUGCAUGCAGCAGGUGCGCAAGGUGAAAUGUUCACUGUUAAAGAGGUCAUGCACUAUUUAGGUCAGUACAUAUUGGUGAAGCAGCUUUAUGAUCAGCAGGAACAGCAUAUGGUAUAUUGUGGUGGAGAUCUUUUGGGAGAACUACUGGGAUGUCAGAGCUCCUCCGUGAAAGACCCAAGCCCUCUCUAUGAUAUGCUAAGAAAGAAUCUUGUCACUUUAGCCACUGCUACUACAGAUGCUGCUCAGACUCUCGCUCUCGCACAGGAUCACAGUAUGGAUAUUCCAAGUCAAGACCAACUGAAGCAAAGUGCAGCGGAAAGUUCCACUUCCAGGAGAAGAACUGCAGAAGAUGAUAUCCCCACACUGCCUACCUCACAGUAUAAAUGUGUAAAUUCUAGAGAAAAUGAAGACUUAAUAGAAAAUUUAACCCAAGAUGAGACAUCUAGGCUGGACCUUGGAUUUGAGGAGUGGGAUGUGGCUGGCCUGCCUUGGUCAUUUUUAGGAAACUUGAGAAACAACUAUACACCUAGAAGUAGUGGCUCAACUGAUUUACAGACAAAUCCGGAUGUGGGUACUGCUAUUGUUUCAGAUACUACAGAUGACUUGUGGUUUUUGAAUGAAUCAGUAUCAGAGCAGUUAGGUGUUGGAAUAAAAGUUGAAGUUGCUGAUACUGAACAAGCAAGUGAAGAAGUAGGGAAAAUAAGUGACAAAAAGGUGAUUGAAGUGGGGAAAAAUGAUGAUCUUGACGACUGUAAGUCCUUAAGUGAUGAUACUGAUGUAGAAGUUACCUCUGAGAAUGAGUGGCAGUGUACUGAAUGCAAGAAAUUUAACUCUCCAAGCAAGAGGAAAAUGAAGGAAUUGAUGUGCCUGAUUGUCAAGAACCAUUUCGGCUCCUGUCGUUAGACCUAAAGAUGUGUAUAUAAAAAAAACUCCAAACUUUUUGAUCCCUGCAACUUGGUGGGAUUAUUGGAUUUGGCUCACAGUUCUGCAAGCCAAGAGACCAUCUCAAGCAUGGGAGAACAGUUAGAUAACCUUUCUGAACAGAGAACAGAUAUAGAAA